AUGUCGAUGGUAUUGGCAAGAAGGAUUCCCAAAGUGGGAAAGUCGCGGGUAGGCUUCUCUGGUCUCCCUCUCUUGGCGAUUCGGUUGUUGACGACUAGGCUAUCUUCACCUUGUCUGUUGCUCCCCAUGGAUGUUGUUGGAGACUAUCCCGGAGGCAAAGUCGCGAAUUUGAAUUUCUACGAUUUGGAGAUGCAGAAACGAGUGACCGUGGCAGAGCGGAGGGUCCCAGAAAGCAUCCACCUUUCACGGCCCAUCGGAUCUUCACGGGGUUGGGUUGUCCUAAUGAACAACGAGGACCUGACCGUACAUGUCACCAACAUGUUGAACCCCUCAGCUCCCGAAUCCUCCCACAGGGUUAUCUCUCUGCCUCCCCUUAUGCCUCCUGACCUUUCGCAGCCCAAGGCGAGCCUGCAGGUUCGUAACGUCUCGCUCUCCUCUUCCCCUGAUAACCGUGACGAAGUGUGCGUUGUGGCUGUCAAAUUCAGGGGAAGCUGUAUCUCCUUUUGUAUAGUCGGUGGCUCCAAAUGGCGCCAGGGCUCCAAAUGGCGACACGCUGACUCUCUUUCCAGCCGAUGCAACCACUCCCUCGUCGUCUACUCCAGUAAAGAUUACACCUUCUGUCUCACGCCUGCUACUAAUACAGUCUUACGCAAGGACGCUAGGAAGAUGCCGGAGCCCUUGCUCUCUUUCCUUACUUAUUACCGCCAAACCGGACCCUUAAAGCAACCCAAGACGGGAGAGUAUGAGUACGAGCUGCUGAGAAGGUGCAAACGGACCAAACACUUGGUGGAGUCACCCUCCGGCGAUUUAUUCAUUAUUGUCAAGUAUGUUUUCAAAACUUGUGUCGGUAGGCCCGUCUUCCCUGGGGAGACACGGGACUUGGAACCUACGGAGGUGAAAACCGGGACAAGGCGGUUCAUGUUGUAUAGGCCUGAUCCAACAACAAGGGUUGAGUCUUAUGUCCAAGACAUUGGGGAUUUCUGCAUUUUCUUAGGAAAAAACGAGCCUUUCAUUCUCCCCACGACCAUGCAUCCUGGACUUAAGCCGAACUCCAUCUACUUCACUGAAGGGAAGCAGGUUUAUCUCUACAAUAUCACCGACCAAACCUUCUCUCAACUCCCUAAUGACGGUCUGGUUUCAUCUAUCUGGCUUCAGCCCAUCCUGCACUAG